AUGGGUCCCCAAUUUUCGCAACUGCAGCGUUUACAAGAUGGCGAGCAACAUCGACGGCGUGACCACAGUUCUUCCGCCUUUGACCCGAGCCAGCCACCUGGAAGCGAGAGCUCGCCCUCAACCACCGAUAGUCCCCAAUCGAGACCGGCAGAAUCCUCAAGUGCCACAAGGGAUGAGAGUUCCUCGAGCCACGUUGUUACUUCGAGAACCGCUGACAAAAAGCCAUCAUCAACACGUCGUUCCGCUCCGAUCACCAGAACAACCGGGACGUCGAUGACAGUCCCCUCAGCAGCCCGAACCACUAUCACAUUGACGGAAAAUGCUUCCUCAACAACAAAUCUGAUUGAUAUAACACCGGCUGCAGCCUCGGCCACAGCCUCGGCCAUUCCAAAAUCAGACGAAAAACCUUUUCAAAUGUCUGCAGGGGCAAUAGUGGCUGCUGUUGUGCUUUGCUGUUUCUUUUGCGGCGGAGCUGUGAUCAUGCUCUACUAUCGGACUCGCAGGCGUAUAGCAUGGCGCAAGGGUCAUCAACAGAGCAGUCUCACCACAGACUCUGAGCAUGGGCCCGAACCGAAGUUGCUGGGAGACAGCCUGAUUUCUUCCAAAAUGUUGUCAAGGGAGAGCAUCAUGUUUCAUCCGGACCACAGACAAAGUGGUUCCGCCGCAUCGAUGAACCGAAAGGGGCCGUACCAGAACCUGACAGAGCAGGAACCACCGCCUGACUACCAUACGGAGUGUACGGAUAUUGCAAUGAACGACAUUGAACCAAGCGAGGAAUAUGUACGCUCGCCAGUAUCUCCUUUAUUACCGCCUACAUACCCAAGGCCAAUCAGCAACAAUAGCGGAAGAAGUGAAAGGCAUAGUCUACGUAGAGAGUUUAGCUUCGAGAAGAGAACUGAACCAAGUCAGGUUCCGCCAGCAGAGUCAAGAUUGAGCAGAAGGUCAGCCUUGUCAAGCAAUCCGUCUUCGGACUGGCCGAUUGCCAUGCCCAAUUACUAUAGUUCCAUUCCGGCUCAACCUGCCUCAGGGUAUCAGUUGGCCCCAUCAGACCGCAGAAGCAGUGGUGGAGGGCAUGCUGUGGUACCGCGACAGAGUUUCGAGGAUGUUCAGUUACGGGUUGGUCGAUGA